CCAAUUUCUAAAACCUAAAAGCAACACAAAGGAGGAUUAAAGAUUAGUGUGUGUGGGUUGUUGGAGACAGAGGGAUUUCAAUCUCGAAGAAUGGAGGGAAAGCAAGCUGGAUCUUCUCUAGAUUCGUUGAUAUCUUCCUUCAACAAACGAGUCUCCGAGCUGCAGGAACUCGUCAUCGCCCGGAACAUGUAUCCGGCGAGCAGCGUCCCGGAUUUAACGGCGAUUGACACGGCGUUGAGCUCGAUGGAGCUUCAGGUUCAGUCCAUCAAGGAUCGGCUUCGUGAAGAGACCGAAGCUAUUCCAAAAGCCAAGAAACUUAUUGAGGCAUCGCUGAAACAACAAGGGAAGCUGCAGAAGAUGUCUGUUUAUGCACCGUCACACUUUCCUGACAAGACUACAAUGUUGAAUUCUGAUAUUAACAGAUGUUUGCUUCAAGAAAAUGUCAAGAAGCAUGAACAGAGUUCUGCUCUUAGGUCCUUGAGAUCUGAGGAGGAAGCAGCUGUUUUACCCAAGGAGAGGAAAGGUCGUGGGUCUCCUCCGCUUUGGUACAUAACUGUUGAUGAACUCAAUUCCCUCUCAUCAUACAUGAGAGGAAGGCUUACCCUAGAGAAAGUGAAUGCGGCUAUCAAUGACAUGGCUUCAUACGCCGAAGCAAAUGCUCAUCUUAUUUCAGCUCCAAAACAAAAGCUUGCUGAAAACCUCUGGGAGAAAGCACUCAAACUGCGAGACAUUGUAACAUCCGGAGCACUGAAGGGAAAACACUUCUUUCUUGAAACUGACAUGAAGGGGCCAAUGUUGAAGCUAGACAACACAGGCAAAGCAAUACUUACGGUUCUUAGACACCUUGGUCGUGUUAGUGAGACUCGCAUUGGUCAAAACCGCGUCAUCAUUCUUAUGAAGCCUAAUUAGAGAAGAAACCAGCUUAUCUCAAGUUUAUGUAGCCACAUCAAUUUAUUGCUUAUCUCCUGUAGAAGGAAUGCUUAUUCGUUAAACGCAUUAAGCCUUAAAUCUUUUAGACUGUUCUGCUAGUCCCACAUAGGCCCAGAACCAACUAAAUAGUUGGGUAAUAUGGACGAUGACUUUGCCCGGCACCAGAACCAACCUCUUUUUGGUUCGUUCAAAAUCCCAGGCUAGUUUACCCCUAAAAGUUUCUCAUAUUUGCACUAAAGUAGCAAAACUCGAUUUCCGUUACUUUGUUAUUUUUUUCAAACUCCAAGCAUUUGCGGAAUUUAUUUUAUUAGUAUAUUUGGUUCAA